AUGGAGUUUACGACCUUUGAUCACUUAUUCAUGAGCUGCAGGGUCGUAGUGAUGAUAUGGAUAAAAUUCCUGGAUUGCUUUGCCUUGUCAUGGACUCACAUUGCAAACUUCAGCCUUCUAGUUCAAUGGUGGCUAAGGAAGCAUAGGGUGAUCUCUAUGAAAGAUCCUUGGUCCAUGGGUUUGAUCAUCAUGGCUGAUAACUUAUGGAAAGAAAUGAAUGCUCGAAGAUCUGAAGACAAAAAGCUUGAUUGUUUUUGCAUUUUUGGGAAGAUUAGACAUGAUUUCCUAGACGCCAAAGCCACCUUGCAAGGACAGGUGAAGCACCCAAUAGACCUUAUUUGCGGUCGUCGUCUUGGCUUAAAUAUUGCUCCUAGUCGUGCCCCUGAGAUCCUAGAAAUUUUUUGGUGUAAACCUAUGAUGGGAUGGGCGAAGCUCAAUGUGGGUGGAAGCUCUAUUGGAAACCUUGGAAGGGCAGGGGCAGGUGGUAUUAUUUGUGACAAUAAUGGAGUAGUUGUGGGGUCGUUCAAAGUUUUUCUUGAAAUUCAGACCAAUUACUUCGCUGAAUUUAAAGCUUUAAUAGAAGGUAUCCAAAUGGCUAAAGAUUUAGAGGUGAGCUCUCUAUGGAUAGAAUCUGAUUUAGCUUCGAUGGUGACUGCUGUCCAAGCUUGUAGUAUUCCUUGGCAUUUUGUUCAAAAAUGGACAUCUCUGCAGUCUUAUUUGAACUCAAUAUCUUGGGAAAUUUCACAUUGCUUUCGAGAGGUAAAUUGUAUAGUUGACUUCUUAGCGAAGGAAGCGGCUAAAUCUAGUACAUCGGAGAGAGAUGUUAUCUUUCCCAAUUAUAUAAGGGAAGAGAUUAAUCUUGAUGCUCAUACUAGACCUAGGUACUGUUUCUGUGUCUGCUGA